AUGUGGCGUCCAACAUCGUUUGGCGCGCGGCUGUGCGCAGGAGUGGCACUCGCUAUGUCGCUGUCACUCGGCGCCGGCCGCCGCGAAUACAAGGACGUAGAGUCACGACAGACAGACAUCUCAUUAUGGAUAGACGAGAGACAAGUCCGCAUAUUCAGCGGAAUAUCAAUGAGAGUUUUCGCGAUUCAGAACGGGCAUAUAUCAUCAUAUAUAUUGGAUCCAAAUUUUUCACACAAGUUGCCCGUAAUACCAUCUGAGGUUGGAUUCGUUAAUUUCACAUGGAGGUCAAGGAAAAAGUAUUUUUACAACUUUGACACUCUUAAAUCUUCUGAUCUUAAAAUACUCAGUCCUCCCGUGCUAUCAAUCAAGACACAAGGGAGGGUGCCUAAAACUGACAAAGAGUUCAGUGUGUUUUUACCGUGCGUUGGAAACAGCAGCGGUGUUGCCACUUUAGAAAUAGGUCUAGUAUUGAAAAAUGGCAGAGGUGUACCGCUGAAGGGUACACCUCUAAGGAUUAACCUUAAGAAGGAAUGCGCACAGAGAGGGCCGGAUCCAGAGUGCGAUAAAAAGUGUGCGAACCAAGGUUGGUGCAACCACGAGAAGAUCUGCCAGUGCCCGGAGGGGUACAUGGGCCAGCACUGCCGCACGGCGCUGUGCUACCCGCAGUGCAUGCACGGCGGCAACUGCACCGCGCCCGGCGUCUGCUCCUGCCCGCCCGGCUACCACGGCAGCAACUGCGAGGGCGGUAUAUGCUCGCAGAAGUGCUUGAACGGCGGAAAGUGUAUACAGAAAGACACUUGCGAGUGCCCAAAAGGAUACUAUGGAUUACGUUGUGAAUUUUCGAAAUGCGUGAUCCCGUGUCUGAACGGCGGCCGGUGUAAGGGUGCAAAUAAAUGCCGGUGCCCAGUGGGCCUGGGCGGCAACCACUGCGAGGUGGGGCGGCGGCAGGGCGAGUGCGCGCGCGCCUGCAAGCGCGGCACGUGCACGCUCGGCGCCUGCCGCUGCGAGCCCGGCUGGCGCGGCCGGUACUGCCACCGGCCCAUAGGCAUUAUAGGUUCCUCUGAAGAAUCUGGUGAACACAGAAGGCCAAGGUGAAACAGAGAUAGAUAGAUACUUUAUUAAAAUGACAAACAAUAAUUAUGUGAUUUAUAUAAAAUCUAGACGUAAAUUCUACUUAAUGUAAUAUUAUUAUUAUUGAUAAAUUAG